AUGGCCGACAAAGAAAGCAGCACGGAGUUCAAAACCGUCCAAGACACCUCAGACAAUGACGGUGUGGCCCGAUCAGUCGUCAAUGGAGAGGUCAACCAUGAUAGCCUCGGCAAAUGGACCCGUUACGGACUUACGAUUGACUCGUUCCGAAAGAUGCAUUAUGGCAAAGGUGUGGCUGAAUUCGACCGGCGGAUGAAACCACGACACCUUCAGAUGAUUGCAAUUGGUGGAUCCAUCGGCUCAGGCUUCUUUGUUGGCUCAGGCUCGGCUCUCUACAAAGGCGGCCCUGCCUCACUCCUGCUAAAUUUUAUAAUCACUGGAGUUAUGAUCUUCAAUGUUGUUCAAGCACUGGGCGAACUCGCCAUCAUGUAUCCAAUCUCGGGUGGACCAUACACGUACGCCAGCCGAUUCAUCGAUCCAUCGUGGGGUUUCGCGUUGGGCUGGAACUACGUUCUCUCUAAUACCUCGACCUUUGCACUCGAACUCACCGUCUGCGCCAUCACGGUUCAGUACUGGGAUACGCAGACAAGCCCUGGUGUCUGGAUAGCUGUCUUUCUCGCCUUUGUCAUCAUUGUUAACAUCUUUGGCGCAAUUGGGUAUGCCGAAGAGGAGUUCUGGGCCUCAUUAUUCAAGCUCGUGGCGGUCGUCAUCUUCCUGGUGAUUGCCAUCAUCCUCGUCUGCGGUGGCGGCCCUAGUGGAGGUCGGUAUGACCACUACUGGGGUGCUCGGUUAUGGUAUGAAUCCCCUGGCGCUUUUAAGAAUGGCUUCAAGGGCUUCUGCUCUGUCUUUGUGACCGCUGCCUUCUCUUUCUCCGGCACCGAACUUGUUGGAUUUGCUGUGGCCGAAGCGAAGAACCCCGCGCUCUCGAUGCCCGGCGCCGUCAAACAAGUCUUUGGCGUAUCACCAUAUUCUUCAUUCUCCUACUCAAACUCUAAGACCUCACCUUUCGUCUUAAUCCCCAGGUAUGCGCAUCUGUAUGGCUUAGACCAUGUCAUGAAUAUUAUCAUUCUCAUCUCGGUCUUGUCCAUCGGUGUGGCGACAGUCUUUGGGGCCUCCCGGACCCUUACUGCUCUAGCUCAACAAGGGUAUGCUCCCAAGAUCUUCACGUACAUUGAUAAGAGCGGGAGGCCACUUACAUCUACUACCAUCGUCUUCUUCUUCUCCCUUAUUGCGUUUAUCAACCUGAACGACAAAGGCCCUGUUAUCUUCGACUGGCUGCAGGCUAUCAGUGGUCUGUCUACACUCUUCAUGUGGGCUUCCAUUUGCUUAGCUCAUAUCCGGUUUCGACAAGCAUGGAAAUACAAUGGAGGGACGCUUGACGAACUCCCCUUCAGAGCCAUGUUUGGAGUUGCAGGAUCUUGGGUCGGCUUUAUACUAGUAGUCGUCGCUCUUGUUGCACAGCUUUACACAGCCAUCGCUGCGCCACCCGGACAGCCUGGUAUCGGAACUGCCGAAGAUUUCUUCAAGCAAUACCUCGGACUACCAGUGCUUAUUUUCUUUCUCACUUGCGGGAUCGUCUGGAAACAUCAAGGCCUCCUCACCGUUGCGAAUAUUGACGUGAACGCUGGCCGAGCAAUUCACGAUUGGGAGGAGAUAAGGGCUUAUAAGAGACGCGUUGCUUCCUUUCCUGCUUGGAAACGAAUUAUCUGGAAGUUGUUUAUUUGA